CUCUGUCUACGUAAGUUACUUAGUUGCUCUGUCUACGAGUAACAUUGUAGUUAAAAAUAUUUACAUUAAAAGAAAAGCUGAAUUAAGUAGCUAUUUAAGUUGAUAAAAUUUUGCUUCAUUUUAAAUAGUAUAUUUUUAAAAUGUCUGUAAUAGCAGUUGGUGCAGUUCCGAUGAAAUAUAAUUUAGUGAGAGUGAUGAAAUUAUUGGCACCGGUGAUAAAGGGUCACUUCGAAGCCUUAAAUUUCGCUCCGGGAAACAAAAAUACGAAGAUUUGCUACUUACGUCUCUCUGAAAAACUUGAUCCUCUUCAAGUCGUCGAGAAAAUAAAUUCAAAACCACUUGGAACCACAAAAAUAAAGGCAUUCAUCCCAGACCAGGUUCCAGAUUUGCCGCUCGCCUCUAAAUUGAAACAAAUCCCGUCCAAAUUGAGGAAGUCAUUAAGAAUUCCACCAGAAUUUACACCAAAACAGUUAAUAUCUCUGACCCAUGGUCUUAUCAUGCAAGAGAUGCAAUCAAAGUACACGGGACUGUAUGAACUCAGCAUGAAAACAUCAACGAAACGGGAACACGAACUGCUUAAUACAAUCGGCCAGGUGGUGUAUGAUCGCCUCAAUCAAAUAAUGAUGUCGGAUCCCUCAAUAGAUACAUGUUUCCUAUUGAGCAAGUUUUAUCGCAAGAAACAUCCGCACUUCGGUGAUUUCCAAUUCAUCCUGUCCUCACUGCAUCAGCUGCAAAAUGCUGAGGGGAAGCCCCGGGAACAGAUACAGGAGAGCGAACUGACGUCUAUUCGGGUUACACCUUACAUGGUAGACAACAUGCCCUUUGAUAAAGUGCAAGAGCUCUGCAAUAAAUAUACUGAUAAAAUAACCAGUAAGAUUUUGGAUCACGUGACUAAUCUGGAAACAAAAGUGAAUCCGGACAAUGAUUGCAUGGAGGAAGCGGCCAGGAUCAAGGUCAGGGAGCAGCUUAAGAAAAUGACGCCUUAUUUACCAAAUAUAAUCAAACAUGUUGUCUCUAAGUACUUCAUUCCGCAUCAGCCGAAGUGCCAUUUAGUGCGAGUAUACGGCGAGCCGUAUUUGCCGAACAAGGACGUGAUGGCCCCGUGGGCGCGCCGGCACUGCGCCGUCACGUCCGUUCGCGACCAGAACAUGUACAACCUGCUCGCCCUGCGCGUGCCGCGGGACGCGCGGGCCGCGCUGCUCGCCGCAGACGGCACGCUCGUCGGUGGUUCUAAGUUGGUGAUAAGACCUGCUGAUGCGCCUCAAUAUAAAGUAGCAUUGGAUUCGUUCAGCGUACAAGCGAGCGAGCCGAAGGAACCGAAAGCGAUGGAAUUGGAGCCCGACUACUCGGAAGACUGGAACGAUCAGUGGUAAUGCUUAUGACAAUUGUAUAAGUGUCAAUAAAUGAUUUAUA